CUGUAACAACCGGGGCCGGGGCGAAACGGGGAGAAAAGCGUCUUCUCGUUGGAAAAUCCUGCAACGAACUGGCACCAAAUUACACCAACGGGACCGCGUUAAAACGGGAGGACAACGAGAGGAAAGCACGCGACCCAACCCGGCCCGGGCACGCGGAGGAUAAGCGAACACAGAUGUCAGCGGAUUUGACCAUUUUCUCCCAAAUCAAAGACUCUGCCCCUAGUAAGAAGAAGACGCCGGCUUGUGCGUAAUAAUUAAACCAUUCUGGAAAUGUUGGAUACGAAUCGGUGCAUUAGAGGACUUUCUAACCUGCUGUCUGUCUUUUAAUAAACCAGGAAUGCAUCAUUUAUAUCAGCCGUGCAGGUCUUACGGGCUGUCAGUAGUACAUUUAAGCCAUUGUUGAGAAUAGAACAAUGACCUCAGAGCUUUGGUGACUUUACAACGCCUUUUACGCAUUGCAUUUUGACAAUCAGUGAAGCUUGGGUGCGCUUGGGUGCUGUCUAGUUGCUCGGAUCACAGUUAAAGUAUUUUUUGGCACGCACAAAACUGCUCCUAGGGCGUCGCAAGAUUCAUGACCAGCGCGUCUUGGCAAAAAGAAACGACCUUCUACUACGUCUCGCCUGGAAUAAGGGUCCCCUUCACUUCACCAGACAUAGUGUUUCCAUGGAGACAGGAGCGUCCCUCGGCCUGAAAAGACGAUAUGAAGAGGUGGACCAGGGCUCUCCGUUCUCGCUCACGCCAAAGGACUCAGACGAUGACAUCUCCAGCAGCGACAGUGCAGACAGCUGCGAUAGCCUCAACCCCCCAUCCAGUUCAUUCACACCCACAUCUAUUCUCAGACGACACAAACCAUCUCCGGGGGGUAAGAGAGUGAGGUUCGAUGUGGUGACGGUAUAUUACUUCCCCCGGAGGCAGGGCUUCACCAGCGUGCCCAGUCAGGGGGGCAGUUCUUUGGGCAUGGCUCGCCACCACUGCUCCAUCAGACACUACACUCUGGGCGAGUUCGCUCGAGAACAGGAGUCCAGCCACAGACACACCCUCCGCCAGCACCUACGACAGGAGAAGCUCAAUGCACGCAAGAUGAAGCUGACGCGUAAUGGCACAGUGGAGUGUGCCCAGGCGGACCUCCUGACGUUGGACGAUGUUUCAGACGAGGACCUGGACGUGGACGGUCUGGAGGUGGACGACUGCUUCUUCCUUCAGCCAUUGCCCACGAAGAGACGGCGCGCGCUGCUCCGAGCCUCGGGCAUUAACCGCAUCGAUGCACGGGAGAAGGCCGAGCUCCGUGCCCUUCGCCUGUCCCGAGAGGAGUGUGGGUGUGACUGCCGCCUCUACUGUGACCCGAGACAUUGUGGGUGCAGCCAGGCGGGGAUUAAGUGCCAGGUGGACCGCAUGUCUUUCCCGUGUGGCUGCUCCAGAGACGGCUGUGGCAACAUGGCUGGUCGUAUUGAGUUCAACCCUCUCCGCGUCCGCACACACUACCUGCAUACCAUCAUGAAACUGGACUCAGAACGAAGAAAAAUACACCUACAUCACGCAACCGAAGACCACUUUUCCCAAUCCCAACCCACCCUCACCCCUCUCCGCCCUGUAUCUCCAGACCAGUGCUCCUCAAUGUCAAGCGCAGACAGUGAACUACAACAACUGGAGGUUGAGGAAGCGGUAGAAAUUCAAGAUGUUUUGGAUGAGCGUGAUAUACUGGAGCGAGAAAACGAGACCGCUGUGCUACAUCUGCAAAGUGCCGAGGAGCAGGAGAGGAGGAAGAGAGAGGAGCUAGAGGGCGCUAUAGAGCAGGAAUUAACAAGACAAGCGGAGGUAGCGUCCAUGGAGGAGGUGCUAUUGCAAGGUCCUUUUCCUACAGGCGCUACUGUCCUCUGCAUCACCGAAAAUCAAGAAGAAACACCGUAUAACAAGGAAGAAUUGCUGUACUACCAACUUAGUCCUAUAGAAGCAGGUGCGUUCGAGACCCUUCCGCAAGAAGAGGAGGGGUGCGUACUCACGGGGCAAAAUCUGGGGCAAAUUCAACAAGAAGACGUAAAAACAGCCGAGGAGGUGAAUUCCUUCCAAAAUACAAUUAGCACAAAACAGGAUAUAGAAGAUCUUAAAUGUAUUGAGAAUUGUAGACCACCAAGCCCUCAGCUUAGCCCACCUUUAAACCAGUGCCAAGAUCAUACCCGCUUGGACCAAGAAGUUUACUAGCAUUUCAGCAUAUGUUUGCACAAUAGCUUAAUCUAUGAUGAAUUAAUAUCACCUUUUCAACAUUCAUUACAGCUUUGACAAUAAUAGGCUGCGAUCUCCAUAGCGACUUGUGAAUUCAGUGAAAUAUAUGACGUAACAUGGGAGCGCGCAUUGGCAAAACAGUAGAAAUGUUUGUUAUUUUGUUCGUGUUGAAGAAUGCAGCCUUAUUAUUUCAGAAAAGAGAUUAAGCAAAACAAAGAUUAAGAAAAAAGCAAAAAAAACAUAAAAAAAAAAAAAAGGCGGAAACCCAUUUGAACUUGAAUGCUGACGCAAGCCUUUGGUCAAGAGAUGAAAAGAACUCUACACAAACUGUCUCAUUCCCAUUGAAACGUCUGGCGUCUGGCGGCUGUCGUCGAACCAAAUCAAGUGAAAGUAUCCUCCGCUGAACAUAGACCUUAUAAUCCUGGAAAUACUUGUUUUUCGUGUACUGUAUUCGCAUUAUGUGAGACUGACAAAUGUGUUUUUAUUUUAUUUUGUGUAUGCACAUCGAGAGGACUGGUGUGGCUCUACUGGGCAUGAAAUAGGGCUGCAAGAUAUUCAGUAACUAUCGCUGAAUUGUGAGAUCACGUUUGCGUUAUUUUAUCGUUGACACAGUAAGAUCGCGUGA